AAUGCUGUCGACAACUUGGUGUAUCGUCAUUGUCACCUUUGCUACUGUACAAUGUUAUGAAAUGCAGGGAUUUUCUUUUCCAGAAAAAAUGGUUAUAGAAGAAAUAGGUUUAACUGAUGUAACAGUAACGGACGGUGUGGUUACUGAUGACAACCUAAACCACAACUAUACAACUGUGUCCAACGUUUCAGUUGUGGCUGGAAAUUUGAACGACGCUUUGAUGACAAUGAGUUUUCACAGGGAAAAAAUUCAAGAUUACCUUUGUCGACAGUAUGUAGCAGAAGAGAUAUUGCAAGAAAUUGCUGGAAAUUCUAUGCAAGAAAGCCGAUCAGUGAGCUCUUCUAAAGAGUCAGAUGUAAUAUCAAAUAUGCGAUUUGAUCAAGGCUCUGCUGUCUAUAAUAAUUGGCUAAACAAAGCUCAAAUAAUGAAAAAAAUUUAUGACGAAUAUGAUUUGAAUAUCAGAAUGCAAGAACAACCCCAGGGCUUCAAAUUGAAGUUAAAAAACAAUGAAAGUUUAGGUAACCAUGAUUUAACAAGUAAGUUGAAUAUUCAAAGUGGCCCUAUAAACUCGCAUCUGUCAUUCGAAGAUCCCAUUUUGAACCCUAGUGGAUCAUCUAGUAUUGAGUUCAUUCAAAGUCAAUCCGUACCUUUCAAUGAUCAAAAUAUGUAUAAUAACGUUAAUAAUACAGAUAGAAUGCAGCCUCCUAAUUUACCUAUUUAUUAUGGCCCUCCACAAAUGCCCCCAAUGUCAUAUGGACCUCCAAAUAUAGCUAAUAGUUUCCCAAUGACCAAUUUUAAUGGUUAUUUCGGACAACCAAACCCACAAAUUCCUACCUUAACAACAGCAAUUCCCACGAAAAGCCCUGUAAUUUCACAAGCAGACGAAUUAGGUGAUAGUUCAGCUAAUGAUUCAAACGAGGGUAGCAAUAAUAGCAAUAAUAGCAAUAAUAACAAUAAUAGCAAUAAUGGAGUUCGUCAAAGUCUAACAGCAUCCGAUUUGUAUGAUCUUGUUCUUACUGCGAUAGCAUUUCUUGGAUUCGGUACUUUUGUCAUGAAUUUAGUUAUGGAUGCUAUGAGUACACCUAAUAUUGGCGCCACAUUAAUGAUGAGUCCUGCGUCAUCUUUAGGAUCCUCCGUUUCUAGAAAUGGUAGGCAGUUAAACCUGCCAAUGUUAGAGAUUGAUGAAUUAGCCUGGACUGUGGUGAAAGGUGUUGAUAAUUUAAUCGCAUCUGUUGAUGGAGAAACAGCAGAUUGCGGACUAGCUAAAAAAAUAUGUCAAAAGUCUAAAAAGCUAAUUAAUUCUGGGAUAAAUUUUAGCUCAACACUGCUACCUGCGUGGAACGUCGCUUUGAGUUGGCUCUCAAAUAAAUUAGGAAAAGACACAGGUCAGCCGGUUAUAUUGGCGUUUAUAAAUCAAUGUUCAAUACCCGUGGAAUGUCGUUGAUUGAAAAUUGCAAACAAUGUUUAAAAAAAUGUAAAUAAUUUUAAAAAAGUACUAUAGAUGAAAAUGAGUAAAUUUAAUU